UACCUUACCCACCUAACGCUACAUAAGAACGUACAUCAGAUCACCUGCAGUUGCCCUAGAGAUAUUUAUUUAGAAACCAACUAGACUCCCUUCUUUUGUCGCCUGACACGUUGUGCAUCGUCCACUUCAGCUGGUCACCUAUCCACCUUCGCUUGUGUAGCCAGUUUCGAUCGUAAAGUGUACAUACGAAUGAGUAAAUGAAUUAUUACAACUUCCAAAAAUGCUCGACGAGAACCUACCAACUUUCUUCUUCCGACACUCGUCUAAUAACCCACUCCUGAGCGUCCUCUACUUCACCCAAAAUGGCUCCGAACCUGCGGCCGAAUACUCUCUCCAGAAGAUAAAUCCGGACCUCCCCCAGUCGAAGAAUAAGUAUGCUGUGGCUUUGGGGGAUGCCGCCAUUCAGGACGUCAUUUACGCCGAGGUCACGAUCGUGCCCGAGUUUCAGCAACCUACGCUUUCCGCUGCCGAAAUCAGACAGCAGAAUGGCGUUCCACCUCCUCCCGUACCUAUGAUACCCGACGGCUUCACAAUACAACUCUACAAUCCCGAGCAAAAGGUGGCUGUGAAGGGCGAAAAGAGCACUUGGACCGGCAAAGAGUCGUGGGAGUUUGAGAUGCCCCAGCAGAGUUUCCGCAUGCCCUCAGUAUCCAAGGUCGAUCGCGAGCAGUCGAACCCGGUCGCGAGCGUACUUACGCCUAAGAUCAUGUUCAAAUGGAAGCGGGACAGCAAGUUCUCCAAAGAUAUGACGUGCUACAUGACGGGCACUUCUGUGGGGGGCAGAAAGAGCAAGGAUCCGGACAUUACAAUAGCACUGUACAAACACGGCCGCGAGCCAACCGUCACUAUAUACGAACCGAACUUACAAAGAGUGGACAUAGAGGAUCGCAAAGGUCUAGAAGUGGUGAUUCUACUCGGUGCAGAGGUCAUCCGCGAAAUAUACCUCUUUCCUAACCGCGACUCGUUCAAUAUCGUCGGCGCGCCCUCUCGGCGCAAGAACUCGCGGCCUACCCCAACUCCGGCGCCGGCGUCCACGUCGCCCACAAACAUGCACAUGAUGACCAGCGGGCUCGGAAACGUACCUCCCGCCACGAGCACCUCACCUAUCACACAGCAGCCUACCCCGCCCAACGACGUGCGGGUCGAAGCCGAGACCAAGCGCCUGCAGGCCGUGGUGCAGCAGGAAGAGCGCGAGCGCGAGAAGCGGGAUCGCGCGGAGCAGAAGCGCAUCAAGAGGAUGCUCGAAGAGGAGGAGCGCGAGCGCCAGCGCCGGGACGUGGAGGUGGCAAAGGAAACGGAAAGGCUGAGGAGGCAGUUCGGCAUGCAGGGCCAGGACUUCGGACCUAAACCCAGCUUGCCGCCGCGGUCGAACGUGGCGGGCUCGUCGCUGCAUCCCCCGAUCCCGCCUCCGCGACCCGUGAGCGCGGAACCCAGGCCCCAUGCUAAUGGUAGCGGAGGGUUCGGGAAUUGGUUCCACGGUCUCGGGACGAGUCCCGGGAUGCCGAUGAUGCAGAGCGGGUUCGGUUAUGGAUAUGGUAAUGGGAAUGGCAAUGGCAAUCAGCCGCAGACCGGGCAUGGGAGGAGGAGAGGCGGGAGUGCGGAUGAUGGGAAGAUGCGGAAGAAGAAAAGCACUUUCUUUUGAUCGGAUGGGGGAGGGGAGAGGGAGAAGAUGAAGGGGAAGGGGAAGGAGCGCGCUUAGUUGAAGCCUGCCUACCUGAGAAGAAGGGCUGGGAUAGAGCCUAUGGGAGAAGAAGCGUGUAUAAACUUCAUGGUUGGCAACUUGGAAUUCCCGUGGCUUCUUGGGAAUUGGCGCGUUGGUUGGGCGGUCCGGUGCACGGCAUGGUCUUACAGCAAGGGAUUAUUAGGCUGUGCCGCUUUUGCGCUGGAUGGGAAUGGGAUCGGGAAUGGGAAUGGGGAGUGGUUAGGGCAGGUUUGGGCAAACUGCUUAGUU